ACGACGGAGGAUCCGCGUGUCCUAUGUAGGUCCCGUUGGAAAUGGUCCCAUGGGGCAGUGGCGAAGAGUACUGUAGUGCCGGCAGUCUCUCUCUCGCUCAAGUUUCUGAUGUUCUGAGUCGAUGGCCAGUAUUCCUGUCCCACCUUCGAAUCCCUCCCAAGGAUUACCUCAUGAAAAGAUCCAAACCAUAAAAACAGCGAAAUUUGCUCAAAUCCCUUCAUGGGUAUCUCUCAAAAACACUUCAUCUGUCAAAACUCAUCCAGAUCAACGAGGUCGCCUCGAAAAUCUCCACUUAGUUUCUCUCUCCAAGCAGGAGAAUCUGAAGGAAGCCCACGAGUAUCUCCAAGAAAUGGAGGCGGCAGAUGUUUUUAUUAGCCCCCACUCGUAUCAUUGCCUCUUCGAAACAUGUGGCAAGCUGAAAUAUUUAUCAUUUGGAAGAUCCAUUCACGGCAUAUUGCGGAGAGGAGUCAAAAACCCAUCUGUAUUUCUUGAUAAUUCGGUUUUACAGAUGUACGUGGAUUGUGAGAGUUUUGGGGACGCACACGAACUGUUUGAUGAAAUGCGGAGUAAGAGUUCUAUGUCUUGGUUUAUAAUUAUUUCUGCUUAUGCGCAAAGGGGGCUAAUAAGCAAAGCUUUUGGCAUGUUCACCAGGAUGCAAGUUUCAGGAAUCAGACCGAACUUGUCCAUCUACGUUAGUCUUUUAAGUUUGUUAGUGAAAUUUUCAUUAUUAGAGAUCGGUAAACAGAUUCAUUCCCAUGUGAUUAGAACUGGGUCAAGCACCGAUGUUUUGGUUAACACGGCCAUCUCCAACAUGUAUGUAAAAUGUGGGUGGUUAGAGGGAGCUAAGCUUGUUUUUGAUCAAAUGGCUGACAAAAAUGCUGUGACCUGGACUGGAUUGAUGGUGGGGUACACUCAGGCUGAGAAACAAGAGGAUGCUCUUGGAUUGUUUGGUAGAAUGAUAUGUGAAGGUGUUGAAUUAGAUGAGUUUGUGUUUUCAAUUGUUCUUAAGGCGUGCUCUGGGUUGGAGGAUUUGGAGAUGGGGAGGCAGAUUCAUGGUUAUGUUGUGAAACUUGGUUUGGAUUCUGAAGCUUCAGUAGGAACUCCUCUUGCGGACUUUUAUGUCAAAUGUCAAAGUUUUGAAUCUGCUUUUCGAGCAUUUGGGAGGAUAUCCGAACCGAAUGAUGUUUCAUGGAGUGCUUUAAUAUCUGGCUAUUCCCAAAUUGGUGAAUUUGAGGAGUGUAUUAAGAUUUUCAAUUCUUUAAGGAAUGAAGGUGUUGUUUUGAAUCGGUUCAUAUAUACUAGCAUUUUUCAGGCAUGCUCUGCUCUUGCAGAUUUAAAUACGGGUGCCCAAGCUCAUGGAGAUGCAAUUAAAAGAAGUUUAAUUUCAUAUCUACAUGGAGAGAGCGCAAUAAUCACCAUGUAUUCAAAAUGUGGUAGAUUAGACUAUGCCUAUCGAGCCUUUGAAUCAUUAGAAAAACCAGACACUGUGGCCUGGACUGCUAUAAUUUCAGGUUGUGCUUACCAUGGCAAUGCUUUGGAAGCGCUAAGGCUUUUCAAGAAGAUGCAGGCUAGUGGUGUAAGGCCGAACGCAGUUACAUUUGUGGCAGUUUUAACUGCUUGUAGCCAUUCAGGUUUAGUCAUGGAAGCCAAACAAUUCCUGGACUCGAUGAGUUGUGAAUAUGGUGUGAAUCCAACUAUUGAUCAUUAUGAUUGUAUGGUUGAUAUUUACUCCCGUGCUGGACAUUUGCAGGAAGCAUUUGAGUUAAUUAAUAUCAUGCCAUUUGAAGCUGAUGCCAUGACUUGGAAAUGUUUACUGGGUGGGUGCUGUAUCCAUCGGAAUCUUGAGCUUGCAAAGAUUGCAGCCAAAAACCUCCUUCAGCUGGAUCCUAACGAUGCUGCUGGAUACAUUCUCAUGUUUAACUUGUAUGCUUCCUUUGGGAAAUGGGAAGAAGCAGCCAAUUAUAGAAGGAUGAUGGCUGAAAGAAAUUUGAGGAAGGAGGUUAGUUGCAGCUGGAUUUCAAUUAAGGGCAAAGCUCACCGGUUUAUUGUGGGUGAUAAACACCAUCCUCAAACACGGGAGAUCUACUUAAAAUUGAAAGAGUUGAGCAGUAACAACCAAACAACCAUUUUAACAGAAGAUGAUGUCUCGGAUUGUUUGCCUGAGAGAAAAGGACAGCUCCUUGAUCAUAGUGAAAGACUUGCUAUCGCAUUUGGGCUUAUAUCCACUCCAAGCAAUGCUCCAAUAAUAAUCUUUAAGAAUCUCCGGGCUUGUGAAGAUUGCCAUGAUUUUGCAAAACAUGUAUCUAUGGUCACAGGUCGCGAAAUCGUUGUUAGGGAUUCCACCAGAUUCCAUCGCUUUGAGCGAGGGAAAUGUUCUUGCAACGAUUACUGGUGAUUUAACUCAUAGUUGAAUCUUUGGCCCAUGCGUUAGAGGCCCAAGGUUUGAGUCAAGUGGCAAUCAAAUUGUUGCCCCAUAUGAUGGCUGCCUAAGGUGCAAGCUAAAUCACAAUUGCCAUCAUAAAGGAUUUACAUAUCAUUCUCACUAUAUUACCUAUCAAAUCAUGACAUUUUUAUCGAGGAUUUAGGCUAUUGCUAAAAGGCUUCCGAACAGUGAUUAACUUGAUUUGCACCAUUGUCGCUGGACAAGUUGACACUUGGAUGGUAGUAGGAGUGCGCGACGUAGGCUCUUGUAAUCAAUGCCCUUGCCCCAUAGCAAGGCUUUUGUAAGCUUUUGUAUUUUACUUGUCAUUAACUCUUAAUUUAUUUUUAAUAUUUUUUAAUCACAUUUAUAUAAA